AUGGACACAGAUCAUCACCGGGGACAGAAGGAGCUAAGGGUCGUCCUGCUGGGGUGGGACAGCUCAGAGAACAGCUUAGUCGGCAACGCCAUUCUUGGCCACGAGGCGUUUUGUGACACAGAGAGAGGCACUGAGGCGUGUUUGCUUAGGCAGGGCACUGGCUUGGAUGGAGCCCUGCAGCUCACGGUGGUCAACACGCCACAGAGCUGGCUUCACUACUCUGUCCAUGACCCUGCUUUCCUGGAGAACAGGAUGGCCACGGCGGCCUCUUUGUGCCCACCAGGUCCUCAUGUCUUGCUCCUGGUGGUUCCUGUGAGCUCCCUGCCCAAGGAAGAGUCCACGCUCGAGGCAGCUCUCGUCCUGCUCAGUGAUGUUCUGUGGAGACACAUGAUGGUGGUGUUCACCGCUGCGGAAAAGCUAACAGUGUCAAGGAUAGACUCUAUCGCUAAGGAGUACGGGUGCCUUCAAAGCACGCUUGAAAAGUGUGACCAUAGAUACCAUUGUCUAAACACCAGCCAGCAGCCCCAAGGCAGAGACGGUGAGGUCCAGGAACUUCUGAGGAACAUGAAGGCAAUGGCUGAAGGAGAGCAGACUGGUGGACAUGCCCUCUGUAUUGACAGUAUGUUACAGGAGUCUGAAAGGAGGACCAUGAAAAACAACGAAAGGGCAAAAGAAAGGCUGGCAGAGGUGCAGAAAAGAUAUCAGACACAUAAACUUUUGCAGGCUGGCAGUCCAAGUCCAAUGCGGCACAUAAGGGCUUUGAUGCUGGGAGUCAGAGAGGCAGGCAAGAGCACCGUGGGGAAUGUCAUUUUUGGGCACGACGUGUUUCAGUCUGGGGAAGCCACUCAGUGCCGUGUGGAAGAGGGUGGCGAGGUGGUUGGGAAGCACCUGACACUGGUGGACACUCCAGGAUGGACCAGAACAUGCUGCUCCACUCUGAACCAACAACCAUCUGCAAAGCGGAUUGCAUCAUCAUCAUCGAUCACCGAAUAUGGUGAUGCCAUUCAGCCAGAAUUUGAUGUGUUUCUCUUGGUCAUCCGCUGCAGUGAGGCUUUCACUGACACGGACAAACGUCUGCUGCUGGAGCACGUGAGGCGGUGGGGCAACAGGGAUGUUUGGCAGAGGAGCAUCGUGCUGUUCACCUGGGGCGACAGGCUCGGAGGGACGCCGGUGGAGCAGCACAUCCAGAGAUGGCCGGCCCUGGUGUGGCUGGUGGAGAAGUGUGGGAACAGGUACCACGUACUGGACAACGUGUCACGGACGUGCAGCUGCAAGGUGAAGGAGCUGCUGGAGGUGAUGGAUGAGGUCAGUGUGAUCAACGACAGCCAUCUCCUGCUUCAGAUGCUUCUGCAGGCCCAGAGGGAAAAGAAGAGACAACGCUCCAAGGUGAAGGAACUCCAGAAGACAGUGAAGGAUCUUCAGAGGGACUACCAACAGCUAGAAGAAACACUUCACACUUAUGAGAAGGGGGAAAAGCUGAUGAGAGAGAAGCAACAAAGACUCCAAGACAUCGUUCAAAGCUGCGAGGAGAGAGAAAAGCUGUUGACAGAAGAGCAGCAGAGCCUGCAAGAAACUCUUCAAAGCUACAAAGAGAGGGAUACGCUGUUGAGAGAAGAGCACCACAGACUCCUAGAAACUCUUCGGAGCCAUGAGGACAGGGAACAUCUCACGACAGAAACGCAGAAGCUGCUAGAGGAAAGACUGACAGAGUCUGAAAUGGAAAAGAAGAAGCUUCAAGAUGAGUUAGAGCAGUUGAGCCAGAUGGGCCAUGAGCAGGACAGACUGAUUGACCAGAUGAGAAGAGAACAAAUGACACUGGCAGAGGACAUUGUGUACCAGCAACACGAGCCAAGAGAUCACACACUUAGGCCGCCUGAUCAAAACACAAUUGAAAGUGUCAGAAGCGGUAUGAAAGGUGAGCUGCUGGACAGUAGGAAUCAAUGGCAAAUCCCGUCGAAGGAUAUCCACCUGGUUAGUAAUAGUAAAAAUAAUAGAGGACCAGACAGUGAAGAAAUUGACACCAGAACGGAGGACAUGAACAGGAGUGAAAACAGCCAAAGGACUGAACCCGCCUUUGUGUAUGUCGAGUUGGAUUGUUCUGUGCCUCAGAAGGUUGAAGAACCUCCUCAGCCCGUCUCCCAGCAUCACCCAGAGCAGCAGGAGAUCCAGGCUGUGGCGAGGGGUCAGGGCAACUGGUUGGAGGGGGCGGCUAUCGGAGCCAUGAUUGGCUCCCUGAAGGGCCUGCACAGGGGGCCACGGGCUGCUGUCGUUGAGACGGCGAUGGGGGCUACUCUCGGGGCCCUGUUGCACAUCCUCUACCUCCGAACCAAAGGCAAGCUUUGAGACAAACACAGAAUGGGAUCAAACCAGCAACCAAAGACAUAAGCAUAAAUAGCUGCAGUAUUAGACGGCAUACCGUUACACAUGGACUUGAUACUUUUAUCCAAAGCUAUGCCUCUUUUCCAUUGCCGGUUUUCUGGUAGGCCUAC